AUGGAGCAAAGGGCCUACAGACCCUACGAGAACAAGCUCGCCAUUGUCACGGGCGGAUCUCGAGGCAUCGGAGAGGCCGUGACGAGACGCCUCGCCUCCAAGGGCGCCAACGUCCUCGUGGGCUACACAUCGGAAUCCUCCAGGGCGCCCACCCUCCAGCUCUGCUCUGAUCUCUCGGCCGCCCACUCUGUCCGCUGCCUGCCCGUCCAGGCCGACCUCGGCGACCCGGCGGCGGCAGCUUCCGUCAUUCUCGCCGCGGCCCGAGAGCUCUUCGUCUCGUACCAUCAUCAUCAUCAUCGGCCCUCCUCGCCGGGCGCCGCGUUCCAGGUCGACAUUCUCGUCAACAACGCCGGCGUGGCGUCCAACCAGGCCCUCAACGACGCCGCGCUGGGCCCCAUCACCGCCCGGGACUUCACGCGCGUCUACGCCGUCAACGUCCUUGCGCCGCUGCUCCUCACGCAGGCCGUUGCGCCCUACUUGCCCACCGACGGUUCCGGACGCGUAGUCACUGUUUCCAGCGUCAGCUCCUCCAUCGGCUAUCCGGGCCAGUCCGUCUACGCCGGCAGCAAGGCGGCUGUGGAGGCCAUGACGAGGACGUGGAGCCGAGAGCUUGCCGACAGGGCCACGGUGAAUGCCGUGAACCCGGGCCCUGCCUGGGGAGACAUGUACGCCCAGGCUGGGCACGAGUUCUGGAAGAUCAACCAGCCGUACGUGGAUGCCGCGCCGCUGGCUGCCUAUCACGGCGAAAAGCGAGUUUUGGACCUCGCUGGCGAGGACGCGGAGAGGUUCGACAAGACGGUCAGGGAAGGGAUGGGCGGACGGCGUCCGGGCUUCGCGGUCGAGAUUGCCGGGACCAUCGACAUGCUGUGCUCGGCCGAGGCUGGGUGGACUACCGGCAGCGUCGUGUGUGCCAACGGGGGGAUGAAGAUGUCGAUUGCGUGA